AAGGUCCCAAGUUCGAUCCCCAGUACCAAAAUAAACCCAGCCAAUUGUCUUUAAAUUAUCCAAUGCUGUGGAUUUUCCUAGUUAUUCCAUCAUGAUCAGAGUCCGUCCCACCAUUAAAUAUCUAAUAGUGGGACCUGUCGCGUGAUGCUCAGUUACGGCAGUGACUGUCCCAUCUUUCCCCUGUAAAGGAAUAGUUCUCUCUCUGUGCUAAGUGACCUGUUGAGAGAAUGCCUGAGGCCAUGAAAAUAUACCGUCCCCCAACAACACAUCACCUACGGGCUUUAUCAUCAAUUCAUACAUGAGCUUUGCCCAAAUCAGGAGAUCAUCAAUUAUCAAUACCGAUCUCACAAGGACAAGGAGCAACUAGAGGGAAAGCUGCCAAGGACGUCAGAAGAAUCAUUUACUGUACACUGAACUUGAGCCAAAUCAGGAUUUGACUUCAGAGUUGGUAGAAAUCAGGCCUCACUGGAACCCUGAGCAGAGGGUGGACAACUGCUUCUUAGGAACUCAGGAAACUCAUGCGUCAGAAAAGGUGACUCAUAAAUAAACCAAAAGAAUAUGGCUGCACAGAUAUCAGAAUCUGAUCAGAUAAAACAGUUUAGGGAAUUCCUGGGAACCUACAAUAAACUUACAGAAACCUGCUUUUUGGACUGUGUUAAAGACUUCACAACAAGAGAAGUAAAACCUGAAGAGAUCACCUGUUCAGAACAUUGCUUACAGAAAUAUUUAAAAAUGACACAAAGAAUAUCCAUGAGAUUUCAGGAAUACCAUAUUCAGCAGAAUGAGGCCCUGGCAGCCAAAGCGGGACUUCUUGGCCAGCCCCGAUAGAGAAGUCCCAGUGGCUGAACUCUGGGUGGAGGCUGCCAUGGCUGUUGCCCUGGGAAAGAGGACUCAUCAGGUGGAAUCCCUGGAAGUGGUGGGCACCGUGUUGAACCAUCUGUCAUGACUACUUGGCAAAUGGAAACCACUGGAAAAACAAAUUUGCUGCUCAGCAGGAAUAAUUAAAAUAGAGGAUCUUAUUAUUCAGUGAAAAUAAUAAGAUGCAACGUUAAGGUUGAGGCCUUAAGAUUCAGUAGCUUGGUAACUUAAUUAGAAAAAUAAGCCACUGUUUCUUCAACUGUGACUGUUAAUUUUAAAGCAAAAUAUGUGUUCAAUCAUGUAAGAGAAAACCAUUACUGAAAGUGAAAUAAAUGGGACUAUCACUGAGCAGUUGUUUGUAGUAUAUAGAACUCUGUAUUCUGACUGGACUGUGGACACAUUGAAGUGUUUCUCAGUCAGCUUCAUUCUUCAAGGUUUCUUUUUCAUGUCUGCCUCAUAUUGCUGGUAAAUACAUAAAAGAGUUACUUGCUAGUCACUGAAAUGCACAACCCUUUUCUUGCCUCCCUCGUGAGGGUGGGCCUUAAAUGUUCUUAUUCUGUCUGCAUGUUCAUAGACGUUCAGGGAACAUCCCAUCUGAGGCUGGCUUGGGAAUGCUUCCUUAAGGGUCAACUUCGUGCUGUAGUGGAGUACGUCUUGUUUUGCAUUUUGUUCAAAAGCUGAGAAUCCAACAUGAAUGGGUCUGAGUCUGACCAAUAACAUACAGUUUAUUGUCAGCUGUGAUACAUCAAAUAAAAAGUGAACCAGAGUUCAAGUAGAUCUUAGAGCCAGUGACUCCUAAAGCAAAGCCAAACAUUUGCAGGAAAUUCUACUUUAUGAGUAAGUACACUGAGAAAUUUAGUAAAUGUGAGAGAACUAAUACAUAUUUAUUAAUCAGCUGUCUUUUGAAUGGAUUUUGUUACCAGUCUAAACUUGUGUCUAAUUGUGCUCGCUUCAGCAGUACGUAUACUAAACUUGUGUUUAAGGG